AGAGGAGCGUGGUCUCCACAAUUUCAGAACCAACCCAGUCUAUACUCCUUCUUCACUGUGUUUUUGUGUGCGUGCGUUUGAGAGAGAGAGAGAGAGAGGAUUGGAUGGCGUGUGCUUUGAGUAUGGUGAGUACUGGGUUCUCCUACUACAGCGGAUUGGGGCUGAAGAAGCCAAGCAGAGUCGGCGGAGCUGUGACCCACAGGAGGCAAAGGGCGGUGGUGAGAGCAGAGUCCAUAAAUCCAGAGAUCAGAAAGUCCGAAGAGAAAGUGGUUGACUCUGUUAUCGUCUCCGAACUUUCCAAGCCUCUCAUCAACGCUAUUGAGGUCUAUUUACCUAGAUAUCCUCGGUGUUGGAGGUCUGGAACUUUUCCUCUGUGUGAUGGAAGCCAUGUGAAGCACAAUAAAGCUAAUGGAGAUAAUGUUGGACCUUUGCUUGUGAAGAAGCAAUAGCUAUAAUAGUGUUGUUCUUAUGUUGUUUACUUGUUUUCCAUGCACCUUGAACUUUGAACCCAUAAACAGAACAUUCCUUUAGUGAAUGAUGUACGGUGAUAUGAGCUCUCAAGGCAUGUAUUGCUAAACCAUUUUUUUUUUUUUUU